UCGUAUGGUUUUGUUGUGAUUACAAAUAAUUGGAAUAGUCCGAUAAUCAUCUCCAUUUCAAUCGGACUCUGAUUAUAUAUUGAAAGAGAUGGGUGUACUCACUCACAGAGUAGAAAGGAGUGAGUUAGCAGCAGGUGACCAUAUCUACACCUGGAGAACUAUCUUCGCUUACUCUCAUCACGGAAUCUAUGUUGGUGGGAGCAAAAUUGUUCAUUUUACGCGUGAGCAAAGUAUUGUUUCAGGAGACCCAAUUCUCUUCUCUGUUCAAUUAAAUUGCUCGUCACCUUCAAGUACAAAUGUGUCUUCAACCUGUACAAAUAUUCCUGACUGUGGAUUUCAACAAAAGGAAAGUGGGGUGGUUCUCUCUUGCUUGGAUUGUUUCUUGGGUGAUGGGUUAUUGUACCGCUUCGACUAUGGGGCCAGCCCUUCAGUUUUUCUUACUAAACUCCGAGGUGGCACAUGCACCACUGCACAAUCUGAUCCUCCAGAGGCGGUGAUCCAUAGAGCCAUGUACUUGCUUCAAAAUGGUUUUGGAAACUACAAUGUCUUCAAGAAUAACUGUGAAGAUUUUGCCUUGUAUUGUAAAACAGGUCUUCUUGUUCUUGACCAAGGGGCUCUUGGAAGGAGCGGUCAAGCUGCCUCGGUUAUCGGUGCUCCUUUGGCAGCUAUUGCUUCUUCACCACUUAAGUUAUUUAUGUCAGGUCCGGCUGGCUUAGUCGUAGCAACCGCUGGAAUGUAUUGUUUGACCAGGUAUGCAACUGACAUUGGUGUGAGGACUGAUGUUACUAAGGUGAAAGUGGAGGAACUGACUUCGUUCCAUAAUUGCAAGAGCUUGAAGAAACGCAUCAGUGAGAACCAUUGUGAUACAAGAGAGGUUACUCUCAAUCAAACAGAUACACCAGCUAAAAAGCGGCGAAGAUGUGAUUGAAAUAAAAUUAGCCGCGAGCCAGACUCCUCAUAUUCCAUUUUUGAAGUCAAUGUACCAACAUUCUGACAUGACCUGGAGCCCCGAUAGUUCUUCUGGUGAGGAAUUCGAAGGGCUUGGUUUUUACUUUUUCUUCAUUUUUUUCUCCCCAGCAAGUUGAAAACCUUAAUUGCAGAAGAACAUGAAGAUGAUGGUUUGAGGACCGAAGAAGUUUGGGAUUAGUUUUUGUAAAUAAAUAGCUGGACUAGUCUUUUAUUCUUUUUCUUUCCUUUAUAUUUCUGCAGCAAAAUGAUAUGCCCUGUUUUUUAGUUGGUGACAUCUCAUGUAAUUUUCUAUCUGACCAUUCUUGCUGCAAAUCUGUAGGUUGCUUGAGUAAUGAUUGAUAAAUUAAGUUGUUUUCUUUAAUAAAUUAAAGAGUAUAUAGUCAACAA